AUGGAAGCGUUGAGUAAGAUGAUGGAUAGGGCGGUCAAUGGAGAUCUUCUGAAGGGUUUUGAUGCUUAUUUUAGACAUAACAACGUGACAGUUACACAACUACUAUUCGUUGAUGAUACGUUGGUGUUCUAUGAUGCAGAUGUGGUCCAACUAGAUCAUUUGCAUCAGAUCCUUAAUUGGUUCCAGGUUGUAUCAGUCCUUAAGAUUAAUCUCAGCAAAUGUGAGAUCACUCCGGUAGGGUUGGUGGAUAGCAUUGAGGAGUUGGCGCAAGUGUUGAAUUGUAAGGUGGGUACUCUUUCUAUUAGCUACUUGGGUCUUCUAUUGGGUGCUUCUAGUAAAGAUAUUGCAGUGUGGAAUUCGGUGAUCGAAAGAGUAGAGAAGCGGCUUGCGGGUUGGCAAAAGAGGUACUUGUUGAAAGGGGGACAUAAAGUAUUGAUCAAGAGCACUCUCUCCAGCAUUCCUACUUAUUUCAUGUCACUUUUGCAGGCUCUUGGCAAAGUGACGGAAAGGAUGGAAAGACUUCAAUGUAAAUUUUUGUGGGACACAGCGGAAGUAGUACGAAACAUCAUCUUGUGA